CUCGUGCGUGUGUGUUUUGUUUUUUUCGUGAUUUUAUUUUGUGUAAAUUUUUUGAUUUUUCGAUUAAAUUUUCAUCAAUUUUCAACAAAAAAAUGGAAGAAGCUGAAGCUGUUCAAGUGCCGAAAAAAAGGACAUUUAAAAAAUAUUCAUAUCGUGGUGUCGAUUUGGAACAAUUAUUGGACAAAUCCAAUAAAGAUCUGAUGGAAUUAUUCCCGGCACGAGCCCGUCGUAAAUUAUCACGUGGAAUGAAACGUAAACCAAUGGCAUUGUUGGCUAAAUUGCAGAAAGCAAAAAAAGAAGCCGCAGCAAUGGAAAAACCCGAAAUAGUGAAAACCCAUCUACGUGAUAUGAUCAUUCUGCCCGAAAUGGUUGGAUCAGUGGUUGGUGUUUAUAAUGGAAAAGUUUUCAAUCAAGUGGAGAUUAAACCCGAAAUGAUUGGACAUUAUUUGGGUGAAUUUUCUGUCACCUAUAAACCUGUAAAACAUGGCCGUCCAGGUAUCGGUGCUACACAUUCAUCACGUUUCAUACCAUUGAAAUAGAAAAUUCUUGGACAAAACAAAAAAACAAUGAUUUUUUUUUCUUUAUAAUU